UAUGUUGGAGAACCAGAGAACUCCACUGAACAGAGCUGCUGAGGACACUGUCUUCUUCCGAUCACCAUGUCCCCUGAGACCGCUGCAGGGGAUUCUAGCGGUGCCCUGACAGACCCAGCUAAGCCUGGAGCAUGUUACACACUGGCCUGAAUCCCCAAGAAAGCUGCUAUGGCAGAGCGGGACCGAGAGGCUCCCCAGAGAUGCUGCUCCUACCACACAGUGCAGAGGAGGCUCCCUGUCCUCAGGUGGCUGCCCCAGUAUUCUCUGGGGUGGCUGCAGCUUGAUCUCAUUGCUGGCGUGACCGUGGGCCUGACUGUCGUGCCGCAAGCGCUGGCCUAUGCCGAAGUGGCUGGCCUGCCAGUUCAGUACGGUCUCUAUUCCUCCUUCAUGGGCUGCUUUGUCUACUGCCUGCUGGGGACCUCAAAAGAUGUGACGCUGGGUCCAACGGCCAUUAUGUCGCUGCUGGUCUCUUCCUAUGCGUUCCAUGACCCUGCCUAUGCCGUCCUGCUGACCUUCCUGUCAGGCUGUAUCCAGCUAGCCAUGGGUCUCCUGCACCUCGGUUUCCUACUGGACUUUGUUUCCUGCCCCGUCAUUAAAGGGUUUACCUCGGCUGCUUCGGUCACCAUUAGUUUCAACCAGGUCAAGAACAUCCUGGGGCUGCACAACAUUCCACGACAGUUUUUCCUGCAGGUGUAUCACACCUUCCAAAGAAUCGGGGAGACCAGAGCCGGGGAUGCUCUCUUGGGGCUGGUCUGCCUGGCAGUGCUUGUGGGGCUCAGGGCAAUGAAAGGCCACAUCCCCAGGAUCCAUCGGGUGGAGCUGUUGUCCGUCAGGAUUAGUCGUCUUAUCCUCUGGGCCACAGCAACAGCUCGCAAUGCACUCGUGGUCCUGUUUGCGGGCCUGGUUGCCUACUCCUUCCAGGUGAUGGGCUCCCAGCCAUUCACCCUCACUGGGGAGACGCCUCAGGGGCUCCCUCCCUUCCAGCUGCCGCCUUUCUCCAAAGUUGAAGCCAACAGCACUGUGCCCUUCAGUGAGAUGGUGCAGGACCUGGGAGCUGGACUGGCUGUGGUGCCGCUCAUGGGUCUGCUGGAGACCGUCGCUAUUGCCAAGGCCUUCGCCUCACAGAACAAUUACAGAAUCGACCUCAAUCAGGAGCUGCUGGCGAUGGGCCUCACCAACCUCCUGGGCUCCUUCGUCUCCUCCUACCCCGUCACUGGCAGCUUUGGGCGGACAGCAGUGAAUGCUCAGACAGGCGUGUGCACCCCGGCAGGGGGGCUGAUAACAGGGAUCCUGGUCCUGCUCUCUCUGGCCUACCUGACCUCACUCUUCUAUUACAUUCCCAAAGCAGCUCUGGCUGCUGUCAUCAUUUGCGCCGUGGCCCCUAUGUUUGACGCCAGGAUCUUCAGAACACUGUGGCGGGUUAAACGGCUGGACUUUCUGCCGCUGUGUGUGACGUUCCUGCUCUGCUUCUGGGAGGUUCAGUAUGGCAUCGUGGCCGGCAUUCUGAUCUCCGGCGUUCUCCUGCUCUACACCAUUGCCAGGCCCCGGAUCAAGCUUUCAGAGCAUGGGGUGCUUUUCAUGCAGCCUGCGAGUGGUCUGCAUUUCCCCGCUGUUGAGUCCCUCCGAGAUGCCAUGCACAGAUGGGCUCUGGCAGUGUCUCCGCCACGCUGUGUCAUCCUGGACUGCACCCACGUCAGCAGCAUGGAUUAUACCGUGGUGAUGGGGUUGGCAGACCUGCUGCAGGAGUUCCAGAAAAGGGGCGUCACCCUGGCCUUCUCUGGCUUGCAGGACCACGUUCUCCAAGUCUUGCUGUCUGCAGAUCUGGAGGGAUUCCAACAUUUCCCCAGCAUGGAAGAGGCGGAGAAGGACCAUGGAGCAGAGCUGGAUGGCAGGCGCCGAGUCCUGCUUCACAGCACCAGCGAGAACAUGCUGCCAGCGUCAGGGCUCAUCCAGUGAGGAUGGGCAGCCUCUGCCCUUUUGCCCGCCCAGGUGCCGGAGGGUCUCCUUGCCUGAGACUGGCACCUCCUGGAUGCUCUGGAGAAUGGACACGUGCCACCCCUUCACCCCUGCUCUGGGUAGUUCCUAGUGCACUUUAAGGCAAUAGAGCCAUGGUAAUGCUAUCUGGUGAGGGGACAAAACCUGGUCUCACCCCUUUGGGCUUGUUUCUCCAUUGCUGUGUCCCGGGGAGCACUGAGCCAUCUGACAGUGUGGGAGCAAGUUGCUAGCUGGUGGUGGGAAGCAUAGUGUUUCCUGGGGAUAGCACUGCCCCCGCAGGGGAAGGGGACAUUGCUUUCCAGGGCCCCUUGUACUCCCCUUGGUUUGUUUCCACUGAAUCGCCCUGGCUUUUGGGGAAGGUGGUGGCGGCAGUGGGAUUGGGUGGAGGGUGUCUGAAUAUCAGGGGACAAUCGGAGCAGGGACGGGCAGUGGAGAAUCCAGCCAAGCCCUCAAUGGUCUGUGCAGGUUGCCUGGGGAGUACGGGCAUUACAGAUGCUGGGCCAGACUGAGGUCUGUCGAGUCCGGCUGGGCUUUCUGGCCAGAGCUGAGCUCGGGAGCUUAGUGAGGGCUCUAGCACUUUAGUGACAUUAUGGACAAGGGAAUGAUAGUCCAGAAAGGGAAUGAUGGGGGCGACGUGGUCUGCAAAGGGGUGGAGGGAGCGCAGCAGCGUCUGGGUGGGAGAUCUGGGCUUGGAGGAGGUGCUUGGGGUGGGGGCACCAGGACUCAGAUGCCUCAGUUUAAAGGUAGCUGUUAGCUGUCACCAGCAAUAGAAAACAAACUGCCCCCUCCCCACCCCCAUGCACUGCACCCUCUGCAGUACUCAUCACCCCACCUGCCUGAUAACACACCCCCACACCACCCUGGUUCCAGACACAACUCCACACAUUCCUGAGUCCGCAGGCAUUGCACACUGGAUCGUCCCAAGGUCCAUCCAGACGAGCAUCCCGUCUCCAGCAGUGGCCAGUACCAGAUGCUUCAGAGGCAGGUGUGAGAAAUCCUGCAAGAGGAAGAUAUGGGAUAAUCUGCCCCCCUUUGAAAAUCUCCUGACUCCUGAUGGAGGUUGGCUGGUGGAGGUUCUCUUCCCAAACUCUGCUUUUAGUAUUUAUUAUUACAACCCUGCAUCUUGUUGUUCACAUAAAUGUCCAACGCACCUUUGACUUCUAGCCUUUCCCUCUUAAUGCAGCGUUUCAAGGACACAGUAGCUGUUCUCUGUGACCAAGGACAUGUCUCGCCCACCAGCACUGGGGCUGAGCUGGGACGCUGGUAUGCUGCACUAGCACGGUUUUGAAGCUGCUCUCUAAUGCUUCAGAAUCUGAUUUCCUUUGAAAAGAAGCAAGCCUCUAGCUGCUAUGGUUGGGGAAAAACCUCACAAGUGUGAAAUUAGUGCAAAGAGCCUGAAACACUAGCUCUGAGAGGGGAACUUCUCUGCUCAGCUGGGAGAGGCCAGUGAGGAUAAUUGAAAUGUCACCAUUGUUAACCAUUCCAGUCCCCGUGUAAGGAAGGAGGUGGAGUGGCGCCGCUCUGCACAAUGCUCUGGGGGUGAAUUGUGGUGCAUUGGGGAGAGUCGGCCACUUCUUAUUGUUCUUCCCCAGUCCAGAACGAGCUGAGCCCAAGGAGCCUCUGGGCACGUACAAGCCGGAGGAGCCCAGCUGACAUUGUAAAUGUUCACACAAUCUGCUGUGCGUGCUGUCUCCUGGCCACUCACGUGGGUGCAGCUUAUUAUUUGGGUGCAGCUUUCCCUCCUUUCCCAGCCUGCAGCCAGCCCAAGUGCUGCUGACUCAGGUUUGAAGGACAACGGAGCUAUGGGGGAGGGGAGGGAUGGGAUGGCUUUAGUUUUGCAGAGCUGAACUUGCUUUCUCCUGCCCCAGGUCCUGAUUGGGUGCAGCUGCACCCAUGAAAUACACAUUAUGCAAUGAAAACAGUUACACCCUGGCUGGGUGCACAAUCCUCCUUCCCUCUCAGCUGAACUCCCCACCCCCGUCCCAGCCAUGCCCCCUCCUCCCCAUUUCAAAAGAAAAGUCAUUAAGCCAGGGGUAAGUCUAGUGCUCUAGUCCAGUCUCCAUCAAGGAGGUCUGUACCAGCUAUGGGCAAAUCUAUUCCUGUGCCAGUCUCAGGGGCACUGACCUCUCGGCCUCUGGCUACCAUAGAGUGUGGCCAGAGAGGGGGCAGCUGGAUUAUUUUGCUGCUGUGCAGUUCAAAGCUUUUGUUAUACACUGACCCUUCUCUGGACAUUCACCUGAUUCCCCCCUACCUGGCACCUGGUGCUGUCAUUGGCGCUUGUGCUAAGCAGGUGUGCGAUGCUGCUGAAUCAGAAUUCUCCACUCAAACCAGGAGUUGCAUAUGCUGUGCCAUGGAUCAGGUGUAAAUUACAGCACUCAGAGGUGGGGAGUCAAGCCCACUGCUUACAGAGGAUGAAAACUUUCUGAACUAGCAUCGUCUCUGCUCUGUGUUUCCAAGGGGAACGCUCUGUACCAUGAACAGUAAAACUGCGAUUACCAAUGA